GGUUGUAGUACCAUCCUCGCAUUCUUGAGAAACAAGUAAAACCAUUCGGAUACACAUCUAGAAACCUCCAGAGAGGCCCUUUUGAUCCGCUGGAAAAAAGAGCACAGAGCUAUAGGGUUUCCAAAAAAAGGAAAGCAUUUCGCUUCGUUCGCCCUUCCAUUCCAACGCGAUUCUGUCACGCCUUUUUGCCCUUUGUUUCGAUUUCUCAUUUCUGAUUCAUUUUGCGAGGAAGGAUGGCAAGUGAUGAUUCUCUUGAAGCCACUUCGAGCCAAGUUGCUGGUGAUAAUCUUGAAUCAACAAUCCAAAUUAACAUCAAAACUCUGGAUUCCCAGAUUCAUACUUUCCGGGUUGGCAAAAAUAUGCUUGUUCAAAAUUUGAAGGAGAGGAUAGCAGAAACAACUGGUGUUCCGGCUGGGCAACAACGGCUGAUUUUCAGGGGAAGGGUCCUCAAGGAUGAACAUGUCCUUUCUGAAUAUCAUGUGGAAGAUGGUCACACGCUACAUUUAGUGGUAAAGCAGCCUACUGUUGCACAUCCUGCACCUGGGACGAAUUCGAUGGAGGCUAGGGGAAGCAAUGAAAACAAUUCAAUUGGUGGUGUGCCUCGCGCUAGAAUUGGACAAGUGUCUCAUGGUGUCGUUCUUGGGACUGUUAAUGCAGCAGAACAAAAUGAGGACCUAGUAGCUGACAUUGGUCGGCUUGUUGGGACAGUUCUGAGUUCCUUUGGAAUUGGAGGCAGCAACAUCUCAACUACUCUGGUAACCCCUCCAAGUGCACCUCCAAGUGCACCGCCAAUUGUUGGAACAAAUGGUGAGCCGAUAGUUGGUAAUAGAACACAAAUGGGCAAUUUAGGACCACAAGGGAUGGUGAAUUCAAAUCACCCAGUUCAGCCUUUUGCUCAACUUUCAUCUUUCCCAUCAUCUGUUCCAUUCAGCCGUCACAUGGCUAUUCCUGAUUCUUUGACAACCCUCAGUGAAUUUCUUAGACGCAUGGAACAAGCAUUACCUUACGAUGGUUCUCAGCCAUCUCCCUCACCCACUCAAGGUAGUUCAAGACCUGAUAUUCCAUCUUUAAAUUCCAGAGGACUGCCAACACCUGACAUGUUAGGUUCAGUCAUUCAACGAGUGCGACAACUUCUAAGCACCAAUUUGGCAAUGACACUCGCACGUUUAGCUGAGCGGUUAGAACGGGAAUGGUCAUCUUCUGACCUUGGUGUCCGAAGUCAGAUUCAAAAUGAAGCAGGGCAUUUAGGUGUUGCAGUGCAGCAUGUAGGUGCCAUGCUUUUGGAGCUUGGUCGCGCUAUGAUGAUGCUUCGUAUGGGGCAAUCACCUGCUGAGUCUUUUGUGAAUGCUGGACCAGCUGUUUUUAUUUCUCCGACAGGCCCAAAUCCAAUAAUGGUUCAGCCUUUCCCUAAUCAGUCCAGUUCCUUCUUUGGUAUUCCUCCUAAUGGUAAUGGAGUUUCCAGUCCUUUAGGUUCUGUUGAUCCUUCCAGAAACAUCAACAUCCAUAUACAUGCUGGGACUUCUGUUGCUCCUGGUAUUUCAUCUUCUGGGGCUAGGGCAAGUUCAGGUGAACCUGUUCAUGGGGAAAGCCCUAGUCUGCAACAAACAAGCACGAAUGCAAAUGGUCUUCGUGAUUCAACUCCAAGAGGACUUCCUGCUAGAACAAUUGUUGCCGCUAUUCCAGCACGUCCUGCUGCAGAAGCUUCUGGUCAUGUUCUCAGUAUAAUUUACCCUGUCCAAGUAAGGUCUCAACAACUCUCAGUUCCAGGUCAUCCGGGUUCUACUGAGACUUCACAUUCAAAUGUGAAUAAUGGAACAGAACCUAGCAUGCCUAACCCUGUUGUGCAGCCAUCUUCAAUGUCUGAUGUGGUUCCCUCAAUUGUAGCCCAAAUCAAUGCAAAUAUUGCUGCUGCGCUAUCAAACAGUGCACAAGCCCAUGUCUCAUCCAACUCUAGCAUGCAGUCUGCUGAUUCUCGUGAUCCCAAUACUGGUCCUCAACCACAAAUUGUACAUUUGACUACUGCACCCUCCUCCGGUCAUGAUCAUAACCAUAGUUCAUCUUCGGAUCAGUCGGGUUCUGAUGCAUCUGGAUUUAGAGCAUUUGGACAAGCCCCUUUAGGUUCUAUGUCAUCUGGUCUGGGUGUUGAAACUUUGAUUUCUCAAGCUCAAAGUAGGGACAAUAAUGAAGCUUCUGAAAGCGGGUGUGAUCAUGCUACCUUGCAGGUUGAUGAUAUGCUGGGUAGUGAGCAGUCAGAACUCUUCCAGGUUCAUGACGGAACAGAUCCAAGGAAUUUGGGAUUGGAUUCAUUGUCUAGCUGCUCAUUGGUUGGAGCAUUACCAAGCAGUUCUUCAUCAAGCCAAUCUGUUGUUAAAUCUACAGAUAAGAAUCCAGAUUCUGUUGGAGUUCCACAUCCAUCAUGUUCAAGCCACAACAAUGACAUGUCUGAGGGUGGCAGACCUCUUCCCCUUGGUUUAGGACUUGGAGGGCUUCAACCAAAGAGGCGUUCCAAACCUGCAAAGCCUAGAGUGAUGGAAGAUGCAUCUCGUGACAUGGCAUCGGCCAAUCAGAAUCAGGGAUCAAUAGCAACUGGCCAGCAGGGUAUGCAGUCUCUUGUGUCUGAGGGUUCGAGUACAAGUAGGGAGAAUGCAGCUGGUUCCUUGUUUCCAAUGGCCCCAUAUAUCAGUCAGAUUAUGAAUAACUUACCUUUGGGUGAGCAAGGUGCUAAUGGUCAAGUUGAUAUGGGCAGUAUGAUGUCCUCCAUCCUUCAGAGCCCUGCUUUUAACCGUCUUUUGACGGGGGUUGCUGAACAGACUGGGGUUGGUUCCACUGCUGAUUUGAGAAACAUGCUAGAGCAGUGCACCCAAACCCCAGCUGUAAGGAAUGCACUAAACCAAAUCAUAGAGCAAGUAGAUGGACAGAGUUCAGAUGCUGGAGGUUUGCUUUCUGGUUUAAGAAGAAACCAAGGUGGGAUCAAUCUUGCAAGUAUGAUGCAACAAAUGAUGCCAGUUGUAUCACAAGCUCUGGGCAGAGGAUUGACUCGCUCCCCUGUCUCCAGUGGGAUUGAAUCUGAAACAGCAACUGAACAAGCUGAUGGUACAUCUGGAGAUGAUUUGGCAGAUACAAAUUUUCAGGCUGAUCUGCAUCAAGUUGUUGAAACAAUAGAGCAAUCUGACUCCCCUGCAGAUAUUUUCCGUUCUGUGCUUGAGAGUGCUGCUAGACUGAAUGGGCUGGAGGACCAUGAUCUUGUUGAAGAGCUUGGCAAUGAUGUGGAGCUUGCUAAUGAAUUUGUUGAGAUGUUGAAAGACCUACUUCGCGAGAGCAAUAGUAGAGUUUGAAUCUGAAAAUCUGUCUUGAGCUGUGUACAGGGUGUCAGGUCAGGUUUGGGGUGAUCUCAUUUUGGUAUGGUGGAUGAUGACCUUGGUUGCCAGUGCUACUGAUUUUGCGUUUUAUUCCAACUUCUAACUACAGGCAACUUGCUGUGCUUGGGGUAAAGGUUGGCCAUGCUUUUGUGCCAUGCUAAGUGUUUUGUGUUACCUCCCUUGUAGGGUGGUCAGAUACUUAUUCUAUAUUAACUGUAAACUUGGCUUGGCAACAGUAUUUAAAAAUUUCAUUUUCAGGUUC